CCUCCCAAUUGCCCCUUUACCUGUCCAGCCUCUCCAGGGCCCCACCCCUGGGUGGGGGAGGGGCCUCGACCUGCCACCCCACCCCCCAUUCCAGCCGGGGGCUCAGGUCUCCAACAACAGAACCAACCCACUCAGCAACGCUGGAAACUAUUUGGGGAGGCCUGGGGCCCCUGGUCCCAAGCCAGGAGGGCUUUAGGGGAGGGACACAGCCCCUGGCAGACUCGUCUUGUAGCUCAGGGGGCUGAGGGUGUCAGGGAGGCAGGCACGAGUGGUUCUCUUUCCCCUUUCCUGUAGUGGGGGUUCUCAGGGCCGGCAGUGGGGCAGGAGGCCUUGGAGGCAGAGCCUGUCGGGUGGGGGUGGCCGCAGGGCAGUGUGUGGUGGCAGGGACACCAUGGCUACCAUCCAGUCGGAGACUGACUGCUACGACAUCAUUGAAGUGCUGGGCAAGGGCACCUUCGGGGAGGUGGCCAAGGGCUGGCGGCGAAGCACAGGUGAGAUGGUGGCCAUCAAGAUCCUCAAGAAUGACGCCUACCGCAACCGUAUCAUCAAGAAUGAGCUGAAGCUGCUGCACUGCAUGAGGGACCUGGAUCCUGAGGAGGCCCAUGUCGUCCGCUUCCUUGAGUUCUUCCAUGACGCUCUCAGGUUCUACCUGGUCUUCGAGCUGCUGGAGCAAAACCUUUUUGAAUUCCAGAAGGAGAACAACUUUGCACCCCUCCCUGCCCGUCACAUCCGCACAGUCACCCUGCAGGUGCUCAGAGCCCUGACCCGGUUCAAGGAACUGGCAAUCAUCCACGCUGAUCUCAAACCUGAGAAUAUCAUGCUGGUAGACCAGACCCGCUGCCCCUUCAGGGUCAAGGUGAUUGACUUCGGCUCAGCCAGCAUCUUCAGUGAGGUGCGCCAUGUGAAGGAGCCAUACAUCCAGUCGCGUUUCUACCGGGCCCCCGAGAUUCUUCUGGGGCUGCCCUUCUGUGAGAAGAUAGACAUGUGGUCCCUGGGCUGCAUCAUGGCUGAGCUGCACCUGGGCUGGCCCCUCUACCCAGGCAACAGCGAGUAUGACCAGGUGCGCUACAUCUGUGAGACGCAGGGUCUGCCGAAGCCUCACCUGCUGCAUAACGCCCCCAAGGCCCUCCACUUUUUCAAGUGCAAUCCCUACCCUGAUGCCACGAACCCCUGGCAGCUCAAGUCCUCAGCCGACUACCUGGCCGAGACCAAGGUGCCCCCACUGGAGCGCCGCAAGUACAUGCUCAAGUCACUGGACCAGAUUAAGACAGUGAACAGUGGCAGGGUAGCCACUAGGCUCUCCUUCCCAGACCGCGAGGCACUGGCAGAGCACGCCGACCUCAAGAGCAUGGUGGAGCUGAUCAAGCGCAUGCUGACAUGGGAGUCCCACGAGCGCAUCAGCCCCAGUGCAGCCCUGUGCCACCCCUUCGUGUCCAUGCAGCAGCUGCGCAGUGCCCACAAGACCACCCACUACUACCAGCUCUCGCUGCGUGGCUGCCACCUCUCACUGCAGGUGGAGGGCAAGCCACCCAUGCCUGUUGUGGCCGCUGCUGACGAUGGGCCCCCCUACUACUGUCUGGCUGAGGAGGAGGAGGCUACAGGCAUGGGCAGUGUGCCUUUCUUCCAUGAGAAGGUCCCAAGCAUGGAAAGGGCCAUUGAUCAGCUGGAUGGCCUGAGUCUGGAGGAGGCGAGCUGUGGGCCAUGGGGUGAGACCAGCACUGACAUCCCCAACAUGCUGGCCCCGCUCAAGGCAGCUGCUGCUGCGUGCCGGGGGCCUGACGCAGGCCCUGAGCCCAUAUUGGCCUUCUAUGGCAGGCGCCUGGCCGGCCACAAGGCCCGCAAGCCACCUGCCAGCUCCAAGUCUGACUCCAACUUCAGCAACCUCAUCCGACUGAGCCAGGCCUCCCCUGAAGACGACGGGCCCUGCCAGGGCAGCAGCUGGGCAGAAGGCAAGCGCCAUGGGGCCUCUGCCAAGCUGCCCACCACCCCACAGCAGGACAGGGAUGGACUGGACGUCAAGGAUAUGACCAUGGAUGCUGAGGGGCCAGGCCCUGAGCUCUUCAACCACAGCAGCUGUCCUGGGGAAUGGCUGAGUGAGCCGGACUGGAUCUUGGAGGGCAUCAGGGGGCCACAGACCCAGGGGCUCCAGCCCUGCCAUACCCUUCCGCAUGGCCCACCCCAGGCCACCAGCUUUCUAUAGCAUGUUGGUGGGCACUGGUGA